UCAGUUGCUUUUUCCAUUAUAUCAGUGAUCACACGCCAAACCGACUCACAACCAGUUAGUCAGCAAUAAAAAGGAGGAAAAAAGUCACACGUAAAUACUGUCUAUCAAAGACAUUCUGAUUUCUUUGUCAUCGAACAGUUGAAAAAAAAAAGUUUAAUAAAUAUUUCUGGCAAAUAAAGUGAAAAAUAAAUUUUCAAUCCAAAAUGAAGUCCGAGGCAUUGUUGGUUAUUUUUUCAUUGUUUAUUAUGGGCAUUUAUGCUGCUACUACUGGCGCUGAAUUACCAAUAGCUAGCGAAACAACGGAUAUUCCAGUGGUAGUUGAUAAUAACCCGGCUACACCGGCUGAAACUACGGAAGCGGCAAAGCCUAAGCCUACAAAAAGCACGCCCACCCAGGAUCCUACUACCACAGAAGCACCACCAACAACAACAACAACAGCAGUUCCAACAUCAAGUUCUACAACAUCAUCGACAACUGCGGCACCCACUAGCACUAGCACGACUGCUGCUUCAACUACCACCAGCACGACUGCUGCUCCAACUACCACCAGCACGACUGCUGCUCCAAAAACAACAACUGUGGCCCCAAAACCCGUAGAACCAAAAUCUGCCAAGUAUUACGUAGAGGAAAACAAUGUAACAUGCAUUUUGGUUGAGUUUGCCGCUCAGUUGAACAUUUCAUAUGGCAAAGAUCAAUACGUACUAUACAACUUGCCAAGUAACGAUAAAUUUGUGCAGACAGAUGGCAAAUGCGGAAAUGAGACAACCGAACAAAAUUUGGUCGUCAUUUGGACUGUUAAUCACGAAAUGAAUACAUUGAAUUUGACCUUUAACUUAAAUACAACGUCAAAACCAAAAGAAUACUCAUUGACUAAAGCCGUCUUCAAUUUGUCAUCGAGCAUUAUUCCAGACAAUACUGAGCGCUUGGUAUUGUAUCAUGUUGGUGACUUCUUUGAAACCCGCCAAACUCGCUCUUAUCACUGUGGCAGAGCUCAAAAAUUGAAUUUAACCAAGAAUGCUGAUCCAAAAUCGGAAGUAGUUGGAAAUGUCACUCUUUCACAUGUAUUCAUGGAAGCUUAUCGUUCGGCAAACGACCAAAAGUUCUCAGAAUCCCUCGAUUGUGAUGCCAUCAAUACACCAGAUAUUGUGCCAAUUGCCGUCGGAAUUGCAUUGAUUGCAUUGGUUGUGGUUGUUUUGAUUGCAUAUUUGGUUGGCCGUCGUCGGGCCCAAUCACGUGGUUACGUUAGUAUGUAAAUGCCCUCCAUCGAACAUUGAAGAGCAGGAGUGUGUAAAAAAAACACCAGAAUAACAAUUACUUUUGGCCUUCAUUCAUGUGCUAAGACACCAAACAAAACAAGAAAACAAUUUAAGUGAACCGAUCUUUUUUUUCUUUGGAAUACCAACUCAAAUCUUUUUUUUUUUCUAUUUCAAAUGCAGUUUAUUGUGCUGUGAAUUUAAAAUCUAAUGUUUUUUAUACAAAUGAAUAAGAAUGAACUGAUGUUAAAAUAAAUGAAAAUGAAUAACACUGUAAAAGACAUACAAUCGCGAAUUGGCGUCAAUUUGUACCGUUUUAAUGAAGUUCUUUUUAAGUAGUCAAACGUUUUUGAAGCUUUUCCUCAUGAAUUUUUGCGGAUUAGAAAAUACCAAUUGAAUACAUUUCCCCCGAAGAAAUAAAAGACAUGCGAAAAAUAAAGAAAAAUAUUAAAAACAAA